CUUUGCAGUUGCUCCAAUCCCAUGAAGAUCUUCGGUUGAGUUCUCGAUGACGCUUCUUGUCAUUUGAAUUGUGCAAAACAUUUUUCAUAUACUGCAUUACUUUCACUGCAUAAAAUCAUUGUCAUUAAAACGAUAAACAUUCAUCGUGAAUUUGUAUUGUCAUAUAAUAAUUAUUGAAAAAGCGUUUGAAAGUAAGAGCUGUCAUUUGUAGAUUACUGUUUGAUUACUAUGGCGGUUGUGUUUAAAUUCAACCGUUGAAAGUGACUCUUAUAUGUGCGUAAUAAAAAAAGUAUUCUAUUUCUUUCAAUAAUUCAUCUCGUCGAUUUUAGUAAAUUUAGCAUAGUAAACUUAAAAAAUAUACUUGGUUGAUGUUCUAAAAGUAAUUAUAAAACGUCGGUUGGAAUUUGGAUAGUUCUGUUUAUCAUACAACCAUGGAUCCUUUCACUCAGAGAAUGUUGGAGCGUGCCAGAGCAAGGAGAGAAAAAUUAGAUACUCAACUAUCAAAUGCAGGACAUGAUAUAAAAAAAAGGCGUAGUCCUUUAAAAGAUGCAAAUACCAUUUUAGCUCAAGUUGCAGUUUCCAAAACUAAAACACCAACCAAAUCUCCUGUUAAAGUAUCAACUGAGGACAUAUCUUCAGCAAAGUCUCCACGAAAAUCUUUGUCUAAAAAUGUUACUAAUGAAAAUAAUCAGAAUACAAACAAAGGAAAUGGAAACACUGGACUAUGCAAUGUGAAGUCAAAAUUACAGAGGCUUGGCGAACUGUAUUCUGAUGACAGUAGUAAACAAUUAAGUUCUCCUAUUCAUCGAACAGAAGAAAAAUUUAAUGCAGAAGAAGAAGUUAUUCAACAAAAAUCAACCAAACGAGGAGCUAGACUUGAUAAAUUAGCAGCUCUUGCUUCAACAAUUAAUAACUGGGAAGAUGAUCUUUCACACCCAACUUUGACCAAACCAGCAAAUAGUAAAGCAGACAGAAUACAAGCAAAGUUAAAUGAACAAGUAAAAUCUAUCCCAGAGCCACAACCAAGCACAAGUGGAUAUAACAAGGGAAAUAGAUAUAGUAAAGGUACUAGUUCUAAGAAAGAACAAUCUCCUACAAAACAAUUGAAAUGGGAUAAAACUAUAUUGGAAACACUAGAGGCUCAAGGCUUUAGUCGUACACAAAGCGAUAGUCGCCUUGUAUAUGACUAUAAGACUUGUUCUCAGAGAAAAGAUGAGGGUUCUUUGAAUUCACCACCUAAACAUCUUCGGCAAAAUCAACAAACAGUAAUUUGCAAAGAGAAACAGGAUAAAAAAGAAAAUUUAUCAAAAUAUACUGAUAACAAAAAUUCUAAUACUCCAGAAAAAACAUCAAGAAAUAUAACACCAAGCAAUAAUAAUCGAUUGACACCUAGAUUUGGUUAUAAUGGCUCUCCUAAAAGUCCUGCUCAGUCUAGUCCAGGUUCAGUAUUAAGCAAAGCUUCCUUAUUUGAAUCUAAGAAUACAGAAACUAAAGCAAAAGAGAAAGAUCCUACUCAAAUGACACUUUCUGAGCGAAUGGCACUUUUUGAGAAAAAUAAAGGAGAAGCACCAUUAUUACCCAAGGCACCUCUUGCUAUGUCCAUACCUCCAAAAAAAUUACAAGAAAAAGAUAAUAGUUCGUCGACAAUACAUCCAAAUAGUAGAGCAAAGGAACAACUUAAAACUGAUAUUCCUAAUAAUGCUGUUAAUGUUCAGCGAGAAAAAUUUGAACAAGGUUUAAAUGUGCAAGAGUUAGAAAAUAAUAUUUUACAUAACACUUAUCUGGAACGACAACGUGAAUUAGAUGUGUUACGCUCUCGUUUUAAUAGAAAUAAAGAAAUGGUACAAGCAGCUGCUGGUUCAUGUAUUAGAACAAGUGAAAGUAGUGAAGGAAAAUCAAAUUCGCCUAAAAAUUCUCCAGUUUGUCCAGUAAAACCAACGCCAGCGCCUGAUCACAGUGCACCACCACCUCCGCCACCUCCUCCACAAUCACAGAUUUCUAGGGAGAAAUUAAUCUUAAAUCAGAAUAAAAAUUCACCAAUUAAAAGACAAGUUGUAAGUAGUUCAACAAAAACAACACAACAAACAAAAGCAGCGUCUGAUAUUAAACGCAUUCGUGUUGCUCCACCUAAACCUGGAUAUAUCUAUCCUAAUCUUUUCGAAAUUGAAAAUAGUACAGAAACAGAAACGGAUACAGUUAACAGUACAGAAGCAGAGACUGCUACUUUAGAUGAGGAAACUGCUACAGAGACAGAAACUGCUACAGAGGCUGAAUAUUGUGUGGAGGAUAAUGAAAGUGAAACUGACAGUGAAGAAGAAACUGGAAACAUGAAUACUAGUCUUGGAAGUAUUUUACAUGUUGUUAAUGAAAAAUCUUUCCUGAACAAAAAGAGAUCGAUUGAUCCAGAUCCAGAUAGUACAACUUCCGAUAUUUCAGUAUUGGAUGAAAUGGACGAAUAUUUAGAUGAAUGUCUUACAUCACAAGAUGGAUAUAAUGAGAACUCUUAUAUAGAAGAGGGACCAACUCCUCCUAAGUUAAAUAAAGCUGGUAAAAACCCAUCAACGACUUCAAUAAGUUUCAAACGCAAUGAAGGAUCAUCUUAUCGUUCACCCAUAAAAAAAGUUUUUUCAACAUCUCCUAAAAAGGAAGACUCUUAUAUUGUAGAUGGAGAAAAUUGUGAACCAUUAUUACGUAGUGUCAGUUUUUAUAGACGACAACAAUCUCAAACACCAAAAACACCAGUACGUAUAAUAUCCAGAACAAAAGAGUCAACUAAUCCUAUUUCUGACACGACAAAACUUGAUACUAAAAGUGAAGCAAUUUUAGUAAAAGAAAAAGUGAAACGAUUAUUAGAUGAAGUAUGCAAACAGCAGACAAUUAUUGGUCAAGCAAGUCAGGCAUUGAAUUUGUGUACUUCUACUGUGGAAUUCAAUGGUUCCAGAGAACAGGUUGAAGGAGAGAGAUUGUUGCUUGUUGCCACUCAUAGAAGACAAGCUGCACUAAAUGAAGUUCAACGAUUGAAAGUAGAAGGUUCUUUAAAACCUGUUAUUCCUGGAUCGCCAGAAGUACAAGAAAGUGGUUCUUUAACAGUGUCCGCUAUUACUUUACCUCUUAAACGACAUUAUUUCCGUAAAAUGGGACCUAGUACGUGUCUUCAUUUCGUUUGUUUGAUGCGGCACUUAGAAGAAAUAGUUGCUACUCCAGUAGUUAUAGCAGAAGCUGGAGACUCGUGUCUUCGAUUUCCAUCAACGCUAAAACUAAAUGAUUUGUAUAGUGACUUUAAAAUUACUAUUGAAAUAUAUUCGUUACAGACACAACCAGAACUCUUACCACAUGAAAUUAAGUACCAUAUUAAUAGUGGCAAUGCAUGUGGUAAUAAUAGCAGUAAUUCCAAUAAAAAGUUGGCGAAUAAAACUCCAAAGAAAUUUUUAAAACAAGAAAGUCGGUUAGUAAUGCCUAAUGUGCAAAGUCCAGCUGGACCAUCUGCUGUUAGGUCUCCAGCUUUCCAGCCAGCUGGUUAUGUUAUUUUCAGUUUGAAAGAAAUUCAUCGACAACAAUUCACACUGAAUAAGGUACCAUCAGAAUGUCCAUUAGAAGGUCAAUUGCAAAUGCAUGUUUCAUGCGAACUUUCGGUAGCGGUUGAACAUAGAGGAUUUCUUACGAUGUACGAAGAUGUAUCUGGAUUCGGAGCUUGGCAUCGGAGGUGGUGUUUACUCAAAGGCUCUACUUUGUCGUAUUGGAAAUAUCCUGAUGAUGAACGAAAAAAGGCCCCAAUUGGAACUUUGGAUUUACAGAACGUUACUACAACCAAUGUAGGAUUAAUUUCUCGAGAUAUUUGUGCUCGUCAUAAUACCAUUUUGCUUGAAACAACUAAAGCUGCAGAACCUGAAGAUGUUGAUAGUUUAGUUAUGAUUAGAAAUGGACCAACAACAACAAUUAGACAUCUUUUAUCAGCUGAUACAAAAGAAGACAGGUUGGAAUGGUGUUCGAAACUUAAUAAAACACUAAAUUUGAUACAUGCUUGGAGUGGACCAUUAUCAUAAUAGUUUAUAUGCAAAAAUAUAAAAAUAUAAUAGCGUAUUAAAGUACGCUUAUUUAUUGAUAUAAUGCGUACAUGUAGUCGUACGCAAUAUAUACUUGUGUAUACUGAACAACGUAAUUAAAUUUUAAUUGAAAAUGAUUUAUAUUAAAAAUUUUUAUAUUAUAAAUUUGAUGAAUCAUGAAAAAAAAUUCUUUGCUAAAAAUUAAUAAUACGAAUAUUAAUAAUAAAAAGCAAAAAAAUCUUUUAGAUUUAGUAUAAUUUCAAUCAAAUAAUUACUAAGUAAUCAAAUAAGUAAUCUAGUAAAGUACUUUUCGUCGAGAUGAAUAGAUAAAAAAGUAUCUUUUCCAAUAAUAAAAUAAUUUCAAUUAAUUCCUUAUAGAAGAAAAAUAUCAUCAUACAAAAUACAUACAUAAAUAAA